UAUGUUUUCAUUUUGUACAAAUUCUAUGGCUCUAUGCUGUAUGGAUCAUUAAUGUUGUAUUGGUGUGUAAUUUUAAUUAUAAAAAUUUAUUAAAUUUAAUAGUUCAGUAAAAUGUGUUACAUUUCAAAAAAUUGAUUUUAAAUCAAAGUGGCCGAAUCAUCCUAUCUCUAUAGUUGUGUGUAUAAACUACGGGUUUUUGCCAUUCGGUGGUGGGGGUAAAACGCUCAAUGGGACAGUUCGUUUUUCGGAACAGAGUUCGCACUCCAGUCGUUGCUAUAUAUCUCAGUAAUAUUCUGCGGUCGUUAUCAGAAAAACGAUUCCAAAGAUUAGAAUAUUCUAAUGGAAAUCGGAAGACACACCACUCGAUUCGCGUCAAGAACGAACCUCGGCGGUCGACUUGUGCGCACUGCGCCGCGGUGGUGCGGCUUCACCAAAUUCGCUACACAGCAAGCACACGAUCCGAUCGACGGAAGAUCGUUUGUGGGGACGACAGACGACGUCGGACGAGCGUUAGCUCAUGGCCGACCUGACCGUCGUCGGCGACAAAAACUGAUCGCGCCGCAGAGGUUCCUAAUGGAGUUACAGUGGUUCAUAAACAAAUAAUAUGAUGAUAAUGUUAAUACAAACAACGUCGUGAAAAUAUAAAAAUAAAUAAUGCGUACGUGAUUUUACUCCGACCGUACAUAAUACAUAAAUUGUAUAAUUGUUAAGAGUAAAGGCCAAAUCCGGUUACGAGUUUACGACACGGCUAUUAGCGAUAAACAUAUUGCAUAUUGUAAACAUUGAACACACACUUAAAAAUAAACCAACAGCAGUGUCGAAUAGUGCGGUAGAAGUCGUCUGAAGUAUAACAGCAGUGUCGUAGGCCCGUAGUCUAGAAGCUCUACCACAGUACCGCCUGCAAUUUCAAAUCAAUUGUCAAAAUAAUAAGUAAAUAAAGCAUAACAACUGCGACAAAACGGAUAUUUAAAUAUUACAUGCGAUACCAUUGAUACCAUCAUCAUGUAUACAAUAUACACAGACUACGGAGGAUUCGCAAGAAAAAAUACGUAGAUAAAUACCUGCAAUAUACGUUGGACAUGACGACGAUGGAAGACAGUUACUGCAGUUGCAGUACGACGGCGCCGGACGACAGUUGCAGCUGUGAUCGAUCGAUUGUUCACGUACUCGAUUUGGCGACUUCGCGGUUCGAGGUCGUCGUUCGUCAACCGUCGUUGGUCCACGACAAACUGCCGUCGAAGAGAUCACAACGUGUGUACAAAUCGAUGACUACGUCCGGAAAAACGGACGUGGUCGGCGUCAAUGCGGUCGACCGGAAACGAUUUACGACCAGCACGGAAGCGGACGUGCACUGCAACGAUCGUGCUCCGACCCGGGAUCAGCGCAGUCUGCACAGCAGUGAGAUAGUUCAGACGGCCGACCGAGACUCGUGUAGCAGCGGUACUACAGAUGGCCCGCAAGCUCCGAACCUGCAGGCUACCGAUCCACGAGCUAUCGACUUUUGCUCUUCCGAAUUGCAGGUCACCGACCAACGGCGAGAGUCCAGGUUCUGCGUUACCGAUGAUCCGCAUGCUGCCAAAUUCUACGCUAAAGACUUCUGCGCGGUCAUAAUGCCGAAUUGCAGUGACGAGUUUGACGCGGUGGACUUGACGGUAAACGACUACCGCCAGAGAUCCGUUGACAGCUGGGAAGAGCGUGGGUCCACGAUUGACUCGGCGCAGGUCCGAUCAAUGGAAAACGGGACGUGGGGGACUAGGGUACAGACUGAUGAUGCCCGGAAGCAGAAAAUUUCGCUAUGGACUAGGGUUAAAAAAUGCAUACGUCGCCGACUGUGCUGUCAACAAUGGUAGAUAUAUAAUAUAUAUAUAAAUGAUAGAUAUAGAUGUAUAGUAACUAAGAAAUAAAUGUCCUUAUGCUAAGAAAAAUAAAAUAAUUAACCAAAAUUGAAAAACAAAGUGUACCUGUAUAUUGACUUACGGCAAGAUGUCUAAACUAUUUUUUCAUUUGAUCGCUGUUCUUUUCCAUACAUUAUUGGUAAGGUGCAAGGCCGUGCCAUAGAUAUACCUAAUAGUUUUCAAACCCUUUCGAGUAUCGAUAAAAGCCAAAAGUGUGGAUCAUUUCUGCUCAACCAGACGGUUACCUCGACGAUGAUUCUACUUUUGAAUGAUUUUCUUCCUAAAAAAAACUUAAUAAAAGUAUCAAAAGUUAUUCGUUAGCAUAAAUGUAUGGAGAAGAUUGGUGAUUUGACGAACAAAUAGUUUAUACCUCGAAGAUAUGUGUCAUUUUGUCAUUUAAGUUUUGAACCAUGGAGAGUGGAAGGGCAAAUGUUUUGAUAGUAGUCAAGUUUUUUUUACCAAUAACCAGCCAAUUAUACUACUUUUUGACAUCCUCUUCUCUCUGAAUUUCUUGAAUAUCAAUCGAACAGUUUUUUUUUAUAAUUAGCUAAAAACGAAUACCAUAAACACAAAAACAGUGAUGCUAAAGGCUAAUAAAAUAAUAAUAAUAUUGGUGUAUCGCCUACAUAUUUUAAAUUUAAACACAAUAAAAUUGUCAAAUUGUAUACUUAAAAUGAACUUUUUAAGCUUUCAUUUGAUCGGUGGUUU